AUGCUUCAGCAUUCGGCGACCGUCUAGAAGUUCUUCUCUCUUUCUGUACUUUACUCAGGCGACCGUUUCGAGGAAUUUUUGCAGGAUGCGAACGAGAUCUUCCGACUUGUACACACGACAACUUUGAGUACCAGCAUACAAGCCCUCACUGUCCUAUUUCACCUGACACAGCAUCGCCCAGAAUUGGCGGAUAGAUACUACCAGUCACUAUAUCGGAAGCUAACGGACAAUCAACUGCGCUGGUCGUCACGAGGAGCCCCGCUGCUUAGCUUGGUGUUCCGCAGCAUGUCAGCAGAUAAAGACGAGGACCGUUUAGCUGCCUACUGUCUCAGACUUCUCCAAAUCGCUGCAUGGCAUCCUGAUCCUGCUUUUAUUAUUGGCAUCCUUGUUCUCAUAUCGAAGUGCACGAAUGAGUUAAAAAUGGAACCUAUAUAUCAUUCAAACAAACUUCCUUUUGCCCGGGUGAAGAUAGAGGAAUCAAAUGCAUUAAAGGCUGAUGCUUAUGGUCAUGACGAUGACGAGGAAGAACGUUUUAUAGACGUCCAUUCUGAGGAUGAAGAAAUUAACCUAGGCGAAGUGAAGCCUUCUCUGCACACAUCUUCAUGGUUCCAUCGUGAUCUUCGUCUCACUCAGGGACUUCAUUUGCGUGGGAAGAGCACACUUCCUUCAGAUCAGACAUCAGCAAAGUCAAGGUCUUACAAGACUCCAGCCCUGGAUCCACCUCCAGCUUGGGAUGCCUAUCAGCCCAGUGGCCGUGAGCCGCGCUUCUCCAAAGCGCUCGGUUCCCUUGCGUGGUGUCUUUUCUUACUGGCGAAUCACUAUCAUCCCACAGUCAGCUUGCUAGCUAGGAACUUAUUGAAAGGAUCCUCCACUUCAUUGUCCCCCUUGGGGGGGUAUACUGGCGAUCCUUUUGAGGAUUUCUCUCUUGCGCGCUUCUUAGAUAGAUUUGUAUGCCGAACACCGAAACAGCAAAAUCAACAGUCCACUGCGUCUCACGAUAGAGAUGAUAAUGUGUCUGGCGACUUGAUGUUUAGUGAUCAUUCAGAGGAGGAAGAUAAGAAGAAAACAAAAUCGAAAGGUACGGUUUACGAUGAAGAUGAGUGA